AUGUUUUCCUUUAUCACAUCGUUUCUACCGACUUCCUACUUCAGACUAGGGUGGUUGAUAGACACAAAUCCACUGGAUGGUUUACUUCAAGGGCUGGUGGGUGCAUGUGGGAUUUCUGUGUUGUGCUCCCUGAUGAGAGUACACGUAUUGUUAGAGGAGAGCUCAAAAGAAAAAAAUGAAAAAGGCACAUCACACGAGCGAUCAACCAGUAUGAGGCCCAUCAGUGGGCUUGCUGGGAUGCUCCAGUUUUUCUUCGUGACUGCAAUCUUGGCCAUAGUGGGGUCUCGUGUGGCAUCGCUGGUGGUGCUAGAAUUUUGUCUUCGAGCCAUCUCUGGACUGGUCACAGCUGGACCGGACUCCAGGAAAUUUCUGCAGCAGCUGUUAGUCCAGAGCCAGUUCUCUCUGGGCUGUGCGCUCAGCUGUAGUUUGAACUUCCUCCAUGAGGGAGCGUCCCAGCGCUGGCUGUGUCUGCUCCUGGCAGCAGCACUCAGCUGGUUCCUGGCACGACAGGCAGCAUCCCUCCUGCGUCACGUCACUGCUCUGUACAAGCUGCACAGCUCACAGAACUACUGCGGCAUCUGCAUCAGCCUCCUCACAUCAGGGUGGUACCUGCUGCCCAUGCUCUGCAGGACCAUGACCAUCACUUUCUUUGUGGCCGUGCUGGCUGCUGUGUCAAUCAUCAACCAACAGUUCCUCUCUGCAACGGAGGCCCUGAGGUUUUGGACCCCACUGACUAUCUGCUACACUCUCUUGGUGGUGUACAUGCAGGAGGAGCAGCACUGUCUGCCAAGCAGCCAAGCUGUCUUCAACGCAGUCAUGGUGCGUCUCGGGGGUUUGAUGGUCCUGAUGCUGACUGUGGGACGCUGGGCUGACGUGCUCCACAUCCUAAUGUGUUUCCUGGGUGAGGCCGGCUGUCUAAUCCCAGCCAAUGACCUGCUGGAUGCAGCGUCCUCACAGGAUGAAGAGGAUUUUACAAACUACGCAAGGAGAAAUCGUCGACAGAAACCCAAGACACACCAGAAGGAGCAUCAAAGAUAGCACUAUUCACUGAAAAUCAAAACA